AUGGGUACUGCGAUACCACGCAUCACAUCCGAAUUCCACUCCCUCGCUGAUGUCGGUUGGUAUAUUGGUGCUUUUACGCUUGCCAGCGCGACGCUGCAACCGCUUUCUGGGAAGCUCUAUGCCAAUCUCAGUACCAAGGUUGUGUUUCUCACUUUCGUGCUUUUGUUCGAGCUUGGAUCUCUACUUUGCGCUGUCGCUAGCUCUUCGGCUUUCCUGAUCGUAGGAAGAGUGGUUGCAGGCUUAGGAGCUUCGGGCAUCGUUAACGGCGCUAUGACGAUGCUAGCUGCAGCUGUUCCAGCAGAGAAGAGUCCUGUAUACACUGGCAUAGUACUUGGAACUGCACAAAUGGGUAUUGUCGCAGGGCCACUUAUUGGAGGCGCUCUUACUGAGCAUGCCACAUGGCGUUGGUGCUUUUACAUGAACUUACCGAUAGGAGGAGCGGCAGCCGCGCUCAUCACUCUUGUCCGCAUUCCUGAGCGCACUCUGAAGCCACGUCUUACCGUAUCCGUUUUUCGCAAAGUUGUUUCCGAUCUCGACCUGUUCGGCUUUGUGCUCUUCGUCCCUCCAUCUGUCAUGCUACUUCUCGCUCUGCAGCUUGGCAGUAGCGGAGCUCAAGCUUGGGAUUCCUCCGUCGUUAUCGGGCUAUUUUGUGGCGCAGGAAUAUGCGCCAUCCUCUUCAUACUCUGGGAGAAGAGAGCGGAGGAUCAGGCUAUGCUUCCAGGAAAGCUUCUUGGGAAGCGCGUUGUCUGGACCAGCUGCGUGCACGCCAGCUGCAUCAUCACUUGUAUGAUGACAGCAAGCAUCUGGAUGCCGACCUACUUCCAAGCCGUGAAGAAUAACGGACCUACUGAUAGUGGCGUACACGUCUUGCCAAGUAUCUUGAGUCAGCUUUUGGCUGUUAUCGCUACUGGCGCUGCAGUAUCACGUAUGGGAUACUAUCUCCCUUGGGCACUCGCUAGUGGUGUCAUCACCACCAUAGGAAAUGUUCUAGUGUCAACGUUUACGGUAUCUACAAGCACCGCGGUAUGGAUCGGAUAUCAAAUCGUUCUGGGCGCUGGCCGAGGAUGUGGCAUGCAGAUGGCAAUUAUUGCAGUACAAAACGCCGUACCACCUUCCCAAUACCCGAUUGCUCUAGCCAGUCUCGUCUUUUUCCAAAACCUCAGCACAUCUGUUGCUGUCGUUAUUGCCAACACUAUCUUCGCGCAGACACUCACCUCCAAAAUUUCACUUUACGAGCCGUCAGUAUCGCCUCGGAUUGUACUUGAUACUGGAUCUAGUGCCAGUGCCGUACGGGCUCUUGUACCACUUGAAGAAUUGGAUGGUCUAUUGAGAGCGUAUUCGGAGAGUCUUCGCAAUGUGUUUUAUUUCUUGUCAGCUAUAGCAUGUAUAGCUGUCAUUGCCAGCCUAGGCAUGGGUUGGAAGGACAUUAGGAAGAAGAGUGCGGAACCGGAGAAAGACAUAGCAAUGGAUGGAGUAUGUCAAGACGGCAAGAAGUUGGAAGAGCCUUGA